UGACUCAUUGGGAUGGCCCAACCAUCCUCUGCCGCAUCGCAAGCACCUCCUCAUGCUACGCUGCCACACGGCUGCAAGGGGCUGGAUGACGUCGACAUCGUCCCUGGUAGGAGCGUGAGUGCUGUCAGUCAGCAGCUGCUGCAGGGCUGCAUUCGCCGAACCUUCACCGAGGCAGGAUCCGUCACACAGCUGAUCCGUCAAGGAGCCGACCCGAGAGCCAUCGGCAACCUUCGUGUCCGCGGCCCCACAGUCACCCCGUACUGGCGAUACAACUGCCCGUCUUUCGCCAUCGACAGUCCAACAAACUACCCGCUCCUCUAUGCGGACGGCGAGGAUGGCUACGAUGUGCGCGUCUCCCUGCCACAGUGGUCCUCCCGUGAGCUGCAGCAGGACAUCAUCAAUGCACUCAUCGACGGCGGGGCGGACGUCAAUAGGGGCGGCGGGUCUGAGAGUCCCAUCAAGGUGGCAAUUGCGGCAGGCAAUCUGACGGCAGUGGAUGCCCUCCUGGCGCGUCAGGUCGACGUGCGGGGAUUCACGGUGAUGCGGCUUCCAUACAUCCACGAUGCUGCCCCUCCCGCCACUCGUGAGUACGAGGCCGCCCUCAUGUCGGUGUACCGCCGACUUGUCCAACACGACAACACACUCGCAGCCCAGCGGACCGCUCAUGGAUUCAAUCUGGUGCAUUUGGCCGCCGAGGCCCCCUCCAUCUUCUCCCAGUCCUUCAUCGACCAGUACCUCACCCUCAUCACCAGCCACGGAGCCGACAUGACGGCAACAGACACCGGCUGGACGCCACUGCACAUCGCAGCAUGGCGUGGCUCCCCCUAUGUGGCCGAGUGGCUGUGCCGCCGGCUCCCAGCUGAGGACAUCAACAGAGGAAGGCCCCCCCAGCCUCAUCGGACACCCCUCGCUAUGGCUGCCGAUCGUUUCGACUUUUUUGCGCGACAGCAACAGGAGCGGCAACAGACAGAGGGGGGCUCGAGACACAUCCGCCAGCAGAAGGCCACCAUCGGUGUGCUGCUGCGGAGCGGGGCGGCC